AUACUGCUUCAUAGCCUGGCAUCAGAAAGGCGUCUAAUAUUUUCGUUAAGAACAUGAUGUACACCACAUGCCUGCCGUCCCUGGGGGUCGUUGCUCUCUUAGCGGCAUCGGUUGCGGCGAAAACCGCAUCGCUUUAUUCUCAAAAAGGGUGUAGCGGCGAUUCCAAAGCGAUCCCAUGGUCUCAGUGCACCCCUACCUUUGAAAACAAGUCAAUCGAUGUGCCAAGUAGCGACAAGCCCGAUCAAGUAUUAUUUGAUUGCUACUUGUACUCGAUGAAGUCAGAUACGACCUGUGAGGAAGACCGUCAGAAACCACCGACCGGAAAAUGUACGGAUAACCUAUAUUAUUACUCCAAGUGUGUCUUUGUGCCCGCGCCAGGACUUGUUUCUCUAUACCAGUAUCCCAAUUUCGAAGGAGAGUCGGCCAAAAUCAACAUCACUGAGACCAAAGACUGCAAGCCACUAUCAUUUUCGUAAGAUCACAUCACCGAUUCCUAUGGCCAAGGAAUCUAACAAUUAGCAGGCCAAGUCAACUUAGCUCCGUUGUAGUAGCGGAUGGCUAUGUUUGUCAAGCCUGGCGGUCAGUCUAUCCUUGUUUUCCUAUUUCGUUUUUUUUUUUUUUUUUUUUU